AUGACAGUCGCUGUGCUCUCGGCACACAUCCACACACACUUCCUUGUCUCUCUGUGGGAGCUCGACGCGGUGAAGGUCGAUUACAGCCACACGGACACCCGCAUGGUUGCUGCGCCUUACUUCUUCCAGCACUGCGAUGCCGCCGGCCACACGACGUUGUGGUGCCACAAGUACAAGGACAACAAGGUGCAGUGCGUGACGGCCAACCUGAUCCGCAUGUGGUUGCAGCGCAUGGAGCACGUGCGCAAGUACGCGUUGGGCGUUGCGCUCAUGAUUGGGGAGGAGAGGCAGCACGACGUUGUGGCGCAGCGGGGGCGCAUGAUGGACUGCCUGUGCUGGAGGGUCUGA